AUGGUAGAAGGGGAACCGAACUCUCCAACUUGGAAGUUCACUCAAUGUUUUGGUGACAAAGGCGAUGUCGAAGAUAUAACAGAAGCGGAUAUCAUAUCAACAGUCGAAUUCGAUCACACCGGAAAUUAUCUUGCUACAGGAGACAAAGGUGGACGUGUUGUCCUUUUUGAAAGGAAUGAGACGAAAAAAACAUGCGAGUAUAAAUUUCACACAGAAUUUCAGUCUCACGAGCCCGAAUUCGAUUACCUCAAGUCACUAGAGAUAGAAGAGAAGAUCAAUAAGAUUAAGUGGUGCCGACGCCAAAAUGCCUCCCAUUACCUACUUUCAACGAACGAUAAGACUAUAAAGUUAUGGAAAGUCUUCGAGAAAUCGCUGAAAGUUGUUGCAGAGAACAACCUUUCUCAUGAUUUGACUCCAGGAAAUCCUGCGGGAGGUGGUGGCGGUGUUCGACCCAUAUCAAAUGUUCAUUUCAACAGUGCUCACGACCUUAAAUUACCCCGCCUUACUCAUCACGACACUGUUGUUGCAGCAGUACCACGUCGAACUUAUGCCAAUGCGCAUGCAUACCAUAUCAACAGCAUUUCGGUGAAUAGCGAUGGGGAGACAUUCAUUAGCAGUGAUGAUUUGCGAAUAAACUUAUGGAACUUGAAUAUUCAAGAUCAAAGCUUUAACAUCGUAGACAUCAAGCCCGCCAACAUGGAGGAGCUUACCGAAGUCAUCACGGCUGCAGAGUUCCACCCACAGAGUUGUAACUGGUUCAUGUAUGCAAGUUCAAAAGGAACAAUCAAACUUGCAGAUAUGAGAGAAAGUGCUCUCUGUGAUCAGCAUGCAAAGCAAUUCGAACAGGAAGAGGACCCUUCUGCUCGAUCAUUUUUCUCGGAGAUCAUCUCCUCCAUCUCUGAUGUCCGAUUCUCUCAUGACGGUCGAUACAUUCUUUCACGUGAUUAUCUCACUGUCAAAAUCUGGGAUGUCAAUAUGGAGAGACAGCCCGUCAAGACUAUUCCCAUCCACGAGCAUCUUCGACCACGUCUGUGUGAUACUUACGAAAACGAUAGUAUCUUUGACAAGUUUGAGGUGGUAUUCUCUGGUGAUGCUAAGAAUGUCAUGACUGGAAGUUACAACAACAACUUCAUGAUCUACCCAACAGACCCUGACAAGGAAGUGGAGGUGGUUCUGCAAGCCGAUAAAUCAGCUUUCAAGGCUAAGAAGGUUGGUGUUCCAACACCAAUCAACCCAGCUGCAAGCCCAACUGCCGCAAAUGGUAAAAAGGGCAAUUCGAGGGCAGGUAGUCCGGCCGCUGGUCUUGGAGGUCAAGGUGGAAGGAUGAAGAAGGAAACAGACGCAGACCAAAUCGACUUCAACAAAAAGAUCUUACAUAUGAGUUGGCAUCCUUUCGAAGACAGCAUCGCCAUUGCUGCAACGAACAACCUUUUCGUUUUCUCCGCAUUGUAG